UCCCAUCUCCAAUUCUCAAAUCCAAAACAAUCUUCUUCUUCUUCUUCUUCUUCUUCUUCAAUCUUCAGUAAUCAACAUAGCCGUUUUGCUCAAACUACAAUGUGCCGGUCGACGGACUUCCCCCACCUCCGCCCCUCCCCCGCCGGCGACCGCCUCGACCUCAAGGCCUUCUACGUCCGCUUCUCGGCCCACCGGCCCGCGCCCGAGCCCGAGCCCGGACCCGGCCCGUUCCCCGACUCCCUCACCCUCCUCUACCUCCCCGGCGCCGCCGGGCGCCCCCUCGAGAUCGACGGCGCCAAGGUCCGGCCCGACCACCCCGCCUUCCUCACCCUCCACCGCGUCGUUGCCCCCAGCCGCGGCGGCGGCGGCGACGUCGUAUACGGCUCCCGGGACCGCGUCCGGGCCGCGCCGGGACUCCGGUUCGAGGUGUACCUGGGCGGGGAGAAGGCUCUGCGGGGGAGCUUCCGGCGGGACGAGGAGCGGGAUUGGCGGCUGGAGUGCGCGUGCGCGCUGGAGCGGGAGGUCCUGGCCGGCGCCGGGUGGGUGUCGGAGGUCUGCGCGGCGGCGGAGGGGGGGCGCGUGGCGAUGAGCGAGAGGGUGGAGAUGGUGGCGAGGAAGAGGAGGGGCAGGAAGGGCGGCAGGGGGUUUUACGGGCUGGAGGAGAUUCCGGAGGAGAGCGAGACGGAGAGCGAAUCCGACGGCGACAUGGGCGGCGGCGGCGCCUGCUGCUGCUGCGGCGACGGCGAGGGGGAGUGCGGAUCGGACGGCCGGGACGAUGACGAUAUGGAGUGGCCGGACGGCGAGGAUUGGGAGGUGAACACGGAGGGAGUGAGGUGGGCGGUCGACGUCGGGAUAUGGGUGGCGUGCCUCGGCGUCGGCUACUUGGUGUCCAAGGCUUCCGCCAAGAGCCUCCGGCGCCGGAGAUUCCUCUGAUGAUAAAGAUUGGAACUUUGGAGGGAGAAUUUUGAUUUCUAACUUUAAUUUUUUUUUUAACCUCAAUAUUCCAUGUAAAUAGAUCUGAUACCACCACCCUCUUCAAUUUCCUCAUCUUGCAAUGCAAAUUUUGAUGUGGGAAAGUCUCAAUUUUGGGCAAAGCUCCAUUUCUUGUAUCGAUUAGCUAGAACGAGAGAGACGAUGAAAGUCACAUUGCAGAUCGACUUUGACUUGUCUUACUCCAGGACAUCAAUGGAGCUUUCUACUAUCUAAGGAUCAUGGAAAUGGACCCGACUGAACUAGUGCCGGUCUGGGUUUUAAUGUAAA